UCGAUUCUCGUCCUCUGUCACUUCCUAUUUCUCCAAAAUUUCCAGCUCAUAUGCAAACUUUGCACUUUCCAUUUUAAAAAACCACACCUAAUUUGUAUAUUCUUCUAUAAAUAAAAACAAAACUUCCUCUUUCUCAUACUCCAUCCACAUGAUCCACUUGAUUUAAACCUAUUUCUCCUCAACCCUCUUUCUUUCAACCUAUUCCAGACCCAAAUCCAAAACCGCAGUGGAUCCCCAGAUUCUUAGGCAGACCAACAACAAUCAGCCAGCAGCGCUAGGCAAAAUCCGUAUCCAUGGGUAGCGCUGCUCAGAGCACACAGUACCAUGCCACCUCCAAGCCCUCCAAAGGCCUUGCUGUUAAUGUCCGCUUAUUCUUCAAAAAGAAGAAUCUUUUUUCUUUAGCUCUUAUCCUCUUUCUCUGCAUUUUCUCUUAUCUCUUCGGCCUCUGGCAAAAAACCAGCGGCGGCUUUACACCGAGCACCACCACCACUACGAUUUCAAUCCCAUGUAACACUGCAAACACGAAACAAGAAGAACUGCUAGACUUUGGAAGCCACCACACGGCGGACGAUGUAGGAACCACAGUAGCGUCGGAGGUCAAAAUCUACCCUCCAUGCAACGUGAACUUCAGUGAGUACACCCCAUGUGAGGACGCUCAUAGAUCAUUGAGAUUCAGUAGGCGAAGCCUGAUAUACAGAGAAAGGCACUGCCCAGAGAAAGAUGAGAAAAUAAAGUGCCGUAUUCCAGCCCCUUACGGGUACAAGAACCCAUUCGCAUGGCCUGCGAGCAGGAGCUUCGCCUGGUACGCGAACGUGCCUCACAAACACCUUACGGUGGAGAAGGCAGUGCAGAAUUGGAUCAGAUACGAGGGUGACCGUUUCAGAUUUCCUGGGGGUGGAACUAUGUUUCCUAAUGGUGCCGACGCGUAUAUCGAUGAUAUUGGGAGAUUGAUCAACGUCAAAGAUGGGUCUAUUAGGACCGCCAUUGAUACCGGCUGUGGGGUAGCAAGUUGGGGUGCCUAUCUUCUCUCACGCAACAUAUUAACAAUGUCGUUUGCACCGAGGGACACCCAUGAAGCCCAAGUGCAAUUUGCCCUAGAAAGAGGAGUCCCUGCUUUGAUCGGAGUUCUCGCCUCCAACAGACUUCCAUACCCAUCUAGAGCUUUUGACAUGGCUCAUUGUUCUCGCUGCCUUAUUCCAUGGGCCGACCUCGGAGGAUUAUAUUUAAUUGAAGUUGAUCGAGUUCUUCGGCCUGGUGGCUACUGGAUUCUGUCUGGCCCUCCGAUCCGGUGGAAGAAAUAUUGGAAAGGCUGGGAGAGAACAAAGGAAGACUUGAAAGCUGAACAGACUAAAAUUGAGAAUGUGGCUAAAAGCCUUUGCUGGAAAAAGUUGGUAGAGCAAGGUGACAUUGCUAUAUGGCAAAAACCACUCAAUCACUUAAAUUGCAAAGUUAACAGGAAGAUUACACAGAAUCCAACCUUCUGCCCCUCAGAUCAGGAUCCAGAUAAAGCUUGGUACACAAAUAUGGAGACUUGUUUGAGUAAUUUGCCUGAGGUAUCAAACAAUGAAGAAGUUGCAGGUGGAGAAUUGAAGAAGUGGCCUGAGAGACUGAAUGCUAUUCCACCAAGAAUCAGCAGAGGAACAGUGGAAGGAGUGACAGAAGAAAUUUUCCAGAACGACAUAAAGUUAUGGAAUCGGAGAUUAACAUAUUAUAAAACUGUGAACAACCAAUUUGGUCAAGCUGGAAGGUACAGAAACCUUUUGGACAUGAACGCUUACCUGGGAGGAUUUGCUGCUGCUCUAAUAGAUGACCCAGUUUGGGUAAUGAAUGUGGUUCCAGUUCAAGCCAAGGUCAAUACUCUUGGAGUGAUUUACGAACGAGGACUAAUUGGAACAUAUCAGGACUGGUGUGAAGCCAUGUCUACUUAUCCAAGAACCUACGAUCUGAUUCAUGCAGCCUCUGUGUUCAGCCUCUACCAGGACAGAUGUGAAAUGGAAGAUAUAUUGUUAGAGAUGGACAGGAUUCUGAGGCCUGAAGGGAGUGUGAUAUUCAGAGAUGAUGUUGAUACAUUAGUGAAGAUCAAGAGAAUAACCGAUGGAUUAAACUGGGAUAGCCAAAUUGUUGAUCAUGAAGAUGGACCUCUUCAAAGGGAGAAGCUUCUUUUUGCAGUGAAGUCCUACUGGACAGCUCCUGCUGCACCUGAUCAAAAUUAAUGGCUCUGUAGGACAUAUUUAAUUUCAUCAAAAUUAAAUAUGAAACCAUUUAUUACUCCUAAUCGUUGUAUUUUUUAUUUUAUUUUUAAUUUAUAAAUUUUAAAGGCAACAUGCAAACACCAUAUAUAGGUGUUUUGAAUGUGUAGAAACUGUCCAGAUUAUUAAUUUUAUACCUCCAGAAUUGGACA